AUGCCUGGAUACGACAACUCACCCGCUUUCUUGGAUAAUAAUGACAUUAUCAGUUCUGGCUCUGAUGCUGUUGGCUUCCAAACAGUGGCCAGAGUUACAGUCACAGCAGUGGCCAAGGCAACCACUGCAACGGUCACAGAAACAGCAACAGAAACAGAAACAGAAACAUCAGUACUCGAAGAGCAGAUCGAUUUUAUUCUAGACAAUAAAUACUCUCAUGUUAUGGUCAUAUUCGCUAUUGUCGCUGCUCUCGCUGCUCUUGUAUCCCUCGCAAUCAUCUGCACUGUGAUUAGUAGCUUUUCAAAAGUCAAGGCCUGCAUGCCACCUCCUGGGGACGACAAUGGACAUGGCCUGAACUUGUACGGUUGCUACAGAAAAGCCCAGGUAUAUUUCAUCUUCAUCAUCAUGUUUCUGCUCGGCUGCAUUGCCACCUUCACUCUAGCGACAGCCAAGAUCAUGUUGCUGGGCAAGAUAGAAGGCUCUGUAGACUUGUUGAGUAUCGCCUUUGCUGUCCAAGCCUUGACUUGGCUAUCUGCAAUCUUGGCCAGCCGCUCUCUGAUGGACAAUACCGUCACUAUCUUUGAAGAAAAAGAAGCAGACAUGGAGGUCAACGAAUGGGAUCCCAAGUUGUAG